CUAGCUAUCAUUAAAGGCGCUCAGAAGAGCUCGUCUCCUCUCUCUCCCUCCGCGUUCUUAUCAGUACGUUGUCCGCGCCUAGGCACCAAAGUCCAAAGCAACAGCCAUAGCUCGAUCUCGAUCCCCGGCGCGACGAAAGAGAAAGAAGCGGCGGCAGGUCGACAGGUCGAUCAACUAAGGUGGAUCCCCGGAGGCAUGGGAAGAGGCCCCUACCCGCCGACGAGGAGGAGGAACAGCCGCCACCGCCGCCGUCAGCAGCCAAGCACGAGCAGGUGGAGGAGCAGCCGUAUCACCCCCUCAUCGCGCGCGCUCUGCAGCAGCAAGGAGCUGCCAGCGCCGGCGGAAGCUCGGGAGCAGAUGUGGCCGACCCUUCCCCGUCACCGGAGGCGUACGCGCAGUACUACUACUCGGCGCGCGCCGACCACGACGCCACCGCCAUGGUCUCCGCUCUGUCCCACGUCAUCCGCGCCACACCGGAACAGCAACAAGCCUACUACCCCGCCGGAUCCGCCGCUGUCUCAGGAGAACAGCAGCAUCAGCACGAUGCGGCGGCUGCCGCGGCCAUCGCUGAGGAACAAGGGAGGAAGCGGCACUACAGAGGGGUGAGGCAGCGGCCAUGGGGAAAGUGGGCGGCGGAGAUCCGGGACCCCAAGAAAGCGGCUCGUGUAUGGCUCGGCACCUUUGACACGGCUGAGGACGCCGCCAUCGCCUACGACGAAGCGGCGCUGCGCUUCAAGGGCACCAAGGCCAAGCUCAACUUCCCCGAGCGCGUCCAGGGACGCACCGACCUCGGCUUCGUCGUCACGCGCGGCAUUCCCGACAGAUUGCAGCAACAACAACACUACCCCGCCACCGUGGGGGCGCCGGCAAUGCGGCCACCGCCGCACCAGACCGUGGUGCCGUACCCUGACCUCAUGCGGUAUGCACAGCUGUUGCAGGGCGCUGGCAGUGCCGGGGGCGCUGUCAACCUGCCGUUUGGCGCCAUGUCGCCCCCGUCGAUGUCCUCGUCGUCGCCGCACAUACUCGACUUCUCGACACAGCAGCUCAUCCGAGUGAGCCCAGCGUCUCCCGCGGCGGCAAUAUCGAGCUCAGGCACAACGGGGCCGUCCACCUCAUCGUCCACGACCACGGCAUCGUCGCCAGGUGCUGCAUGGCCGUACACUGGGGAGCACAAAAAUAAUAAAGACCCGUGAGAGAUCAGUGGAUCGAAGGUGCUUGCGAUCCAUCGGGACAUGUCUUAGCAGUAGAUGAGGAAUACGCAUGCAUUCAUCAUGCAAUAAUGUGGGUAAGUGUUGGUCAAUUAAUUUUGCUGGUGAACAUUUCUUUCCUUCUUCUGAUCCCCAAAUUUGUUUAUCUAAAGCUAUUGUUUUGUUUAUUUUUACUUUAAUAAUGGGUGUUUUUUUUGUGGGUAA